AUGACAGACAAUCAAUUACUAGACCUUGCUACUCCCUCGGCAUGUAUCGCAGGUGAGUGGGUGAUGAUACCGAUGAUGCAAAUGAGCAGAGAACUGAGUAGGCCGGANGACUUCUGCUUGAUACCGCUAGGCACACCUACCGCAUCCGUGUCCAAAGAGGUCUCGCAGGUGCAGCGCCUGCUCAANAAGAGUGGUCUCGUGUACCAUAUGCACUCUGCUGGAACAACAGUUGAGGGCCCCUGGGAUGACGUUAUGCGUGUGAUUGGUCAGGCCCACUCGUUGCUACACGAGAACGGUGUUGUCAGGAUUCAGAGCGAUAUCAGAGUUGGAUCGAGAAUAGACAAGAAGCAGACAGCCGAGGACAAGGUUGCUGCUGUCAGGGCUAUCUUGGACCAGGAUGAACAGGCAUAA